UUGGCAGCACAUUUCCCAUGACAAGGUAACCCUUUCUGCCAGUCUGUGAGCAUCACACAAAGACCCCGGUGCUGCUGUGGAUUGCUGUUUCGACUCGUGUCUAGAGAUCCAGCCUUGAGUCAGAUACAGGAAGACAUCAGGGUAUCCUCUGGUAGAUCUGCCUUGUGAAAUCCAUGCCCUGUCUCCCGUUGUGUCAACCCAAGAUCCAGAAAUCCAGGGGACUGCCAGGUUAUUUCUGCUCUUGGUGACUUGAAAAAAGAGCCUCGUCUCUCUCUCUCCCACACUCCUGUCCUCCUCCCCAACCUGUCCUGUUAUUCUCUGAAGUCCUGAAUACCAGCAAAGGCCAGAAGACAGGGCCACCUCCUUCCCCAAUCUCUCCAGGGAGGGCGCCAGGGCACAUACGCACCCAGGCUAGAUCUGUGCCAGCAACGAGGGAAGCUGAGUGGGAUCUGGCAUCCGGGUGAGAGGAAGAAGAAGGAGGCAGCAAAACACAACUUGUUAAUUUGUAGGGAGAAGACAAACUCUUUUAAUUAGCUCUGCUUGGCAGGAGUCAAGCAAACAAGAGGCAGUGCCUCCUUCAGGCUAUGCUCCUCACGUUUCUGGGAUUGCAUUGACCACAAAGACUGCAGACAAAACUCAGCAGUCCCUUGGUAAGUGGCGACGCCUCAGGGCUGAAGGUGAGCCAGGCUCCUUGGCUGUGCCAUAAACCGCCCUGCAGCCAACCCAUCAUCACCGGACCUCAGAUCUGGCUGUGGAUGUUCCUGGGCACCCAAGCCCUUGAGCCACUCUUCUCUGCUGCCUCUGCUACCUGCAGCUGUUGCUGAGUGAGGGUCCUCCUCCCUGGGCAGGAUGAACGAGUUACUGGACCCAACCUCCCAGGCCAACCUGGGCGUUGUCUCUGCCACCUGUGUCUCCAAGGUGGAGCUGCGGGUCAGCUGCAAGCACCUGCUUGACCGUGACACGCUCAACAAGUCGGAUCCCUGCGUGGUGCUCCUCAUGCAGUCCCAAGGGCAGUGGAUGGAGGUGGACCGAUCAGAGGUCAUCAGAAGCAACCUGAACCCCAUCUUUGCCAAGGUCUUCAUGGUUGACUAUUACUUUGAGGAGGUGCAGAAACUGCGGUUUGAGGUGUAUGACAUUCAUGGCCACAGCAGCAUUGGGACCCACGAUGACGACUUCUUGGGUGGCAUGGAAUGCACAGUGGGCCAGAUUGUGGCCCAGAAGCGGGUGACCAAGCCUCUGUUCCUGAAGUACGGGAAGUAUGCGGGCAAGUCCACCAUUACGGUGACAUCUGAAGAGAUUUCUGGGGAUAAUGGUUUUGUGGAACUGUUCUUUCGAGCAAAGAAACUGGAUGACAAGGAUCUCUUCAGCAAAUCAGAUCCCUUUCUGGAGAUCUACCGGAUCAAUGAUGAUGGGAGUGAGCAGCUGGUUCACCGCACAGAGUUUGUCAAGAACAACCUGAGUCCUGUGUGGGAGCCAUUUAAAGUCUCACUGAACUCCCUGUGCAGCUGUGAGGAGAAGCGGAAGCUGAGGUGCGUCGUAUUUGACUAUGACUCCCGGGGCAAACACGACUUCAUCGGAGAAUUUUACACCACCUUUGAGGAGAUGCAGAAAGCGAUGGGGGGCAACAAGAUCCAGUGGGAUUGUAUGAAUCCGAAGUACAAGCUGAAGAAGCGAAACUACAAGAACUCGGGUGUGGUCAUUCUCUUAGACUUGAAGAUUCACAGGGUCUACUCCUUCCUGGAUUACAUCAUGGGUGGUUGCCAGAUCCACUUCACGGUGGCCAUUGACUUCACAGCUUCCAACGGAGACCCCCGAAACAGCUGCUCCCUCCACUACAUCAACCCCUACCAGCCCAAUGAAUACCUGAAGGCACUGGUAGCCGUGGGGGAGAUUUGUCAAGACUAUGACAGUGAUAAGAAAUUCUCCGCCUUAGGCUUUGGAGCCAGAAUCCCACCCAACUACGAAAUCUCCCAUGAUUUUGCCAUUAACUUCAACCCAAACGAUGAUGAGUGUGAAGGAAUCCAAGGCGUGGUGGAGUCCUAUCAAAACUGCUUGCCCAAGAUACAGCUCUACGGGCCAACCAAUGUGGCGCCUAUCAUUUCCAAGGUAGCCAGAGUCGCAGCGGACGAGGAGAAAACAAAGGAAGCCUCCCAAUAUUUCAUCCUGCUGAUCCUGACGGACGGGGUCGUGAGUGACAUGGGAGACACGCGGGAGGCCAUUGUCCGGGCCUCCUACCUGCCCAUGUCCAUCAUCAUCGUAGGCGUGGGCAACGCCGAUUUCACUGACAUGCAGGUCUUGGAUGGGGAUGAUGGCAUCCUGCGCUCCCCCAAAGGCGAGCCCGUUCUGCGUGACAUUGUGCAGUUUGUCCCCUUCCGAGAGUUCAAGAAUGCCUCCCCGACUGCCCUGGCCAAAUGUGUGUUGGCAGAGGUGCCCAAGCAGGUUGUGGAAUAUUACAGCUACAAGGCCUUACCUCCCCGAUGCCCCAAAGGCAGCACCCCUGACCCGACUCUGAACUCACCCUCACCCCAGUGACAAGGGCCCCCACUCUUUGGGCCUCAGCCACAUUGUCUGUCUUCCCUCCAUCUGCCAUUUCCUUCCCCCAGUGAAGUAGAGGGGAGAGAAAGAGAGCGAAAAGGGAGCCCCAAUAAGUGCCAGGGAGGAUAGAACCUUCCCAGGUCCUGCAACAAACUUCAGCCACCAAAAAAGGAGAGGAGAAGGCCAGCCUGUCACCACCAACACAUCCCUCGCAUGCCCUUCUCCCAGUAGCACAAUAAGAGAUCAGAGCUGGCCCCUUGGGAGUGAGUGAGUUCUAGGAGGACCCAUCUCUCCCAAGGGGGAGAAAAGGGCCACCACUACCCCAGGCAGAACACACAGUGUGACAAAUUCCCUUGUGAAUGUGGUUUCGCCCAGGCGAUACCUAAAGCACAACCAGAGAAAACCCACUUCUGUCUCACCUACGGAAAAGGGGGGAGAGGGUGUUGGGUGGGCAACUGGCAUUCCCUGUGUUGGCCAUUUGGAGAUGGGAGACUGAGGGCAGGGAAGGAUGCAGAAAGCUUAAUGGGUGGGGGCAGAAUGAGUAGCUUUGUCCCCAUAUCACACACACACACACACACACACACACACACACACACCCCAUUGCCCAAAGAAGGUAGUUCUGACCUUGUUUACUUCUGUUUCCCAUCCACCCCUCACCCCCAGGGUGAAUAAGCCUCCCUCUUCUUGGAUGAAACUGUGGCAAGGGAGUCUGCAGCUCCCAUUUGCUUCCAUGGAGAGGCUUGGUGGAAGUGGAUGAGCUAGUGAAGCAGAAACUAUGGUGGAAGGGGAGAGAGGGAACAGAGAAGAGGAAAUGCCUCCCCCCUUGUGCUGCCGGAGUUGGUGCUGCCUUUCCCCCUUGGCUGCUGGUGUGUGUUGCUGUAAUAAUGCCAGGUGCCCCCCACCCCAUGGUUUAAGAAAGAUGAGAGGAGCCAAGGCAGAGUCCCUGCAAGAACUGUUUCAACACCUUUUCCUUUGCCAUGUCAACUGCAGAAAACCAACCCCAAACCAUCCUUGAUUCUCUUGAGUGACCAGCUGGAGUCCCUCAACUUUUCCUUGAUGCCCAGCACCACGGGGGGGGGGAUGCGUUGACAUUGGGGGCAUGGCUCUCCCUCUGCAUGGCAUGCAGGGUGUGGCCUCAGUGGACAGCUUGAGCCAGCAUUCCACAACCUCCAGAUGUUUUGACUGCACCUCCCAUUAUUGUUGACCAUUAUCCAUGCUGGCUGGGACUAAUGGGAAUUGUAGUCCAAAAUGUAUGGAGAAAUACGUGGCUAAGGAAGACUGGCUUAAGAGGGUCCCCAGAUACAUUGCUAUUGCACUUAUGUCCAUUUCACCAUCCCAUCCUGUGCAUGAAGUUCAUUGGGUUCCUGUGGAGGCACCAUGCCCAGCUCUGCCUACUCCUCCACAUGGUACGUGGUUGUCUUUCACUAUGAUGAUGAUGAUGAUGUUGUUGUUUUCCUAAGGUUUGCAUGACAAAUCUACUUGAUGUACCAAAAGAGGCAGCCAAAUAAAAGGAUAUGUUCUGUU